ACUGCUAGGAGAGCAGAUUAUGAAGCGGAGCUCAACCAGCGGCAGUCUCCUUCCAUUGUCUCAAUGGCUGCACACGCAUUCCUCCUGUGCUCCCUCGCCGUGCUGUCCGCUCUCAGCCGGCCCGGGCUCUCCUUUUCUGGGGAGGAGAAUCAGCCCGGACUCUUCUUUGAAGAAGUGCCUAAAAUCAUGGACAGAAGCAAAGAGAACCCCAAACAAGCAACAAGAAUCACAUCAAGUCAAGAUGGUGGGUAUGGCUUGGAGAGUGAAGAGGUUAUUUUGACGCCUGAAGAUGAAAACCCACUCAGGAGAAUACUGCAGCCUUUUAACUGGCAUCAGCCAGGGAUGUAUCACAGUAAGAGGAAGCUGCUCCAAUCUCUUCUGGGGCCUUACGGCCCACUGAGCGUGUCUUACAAUGGGAAGACCUGCAUUCUGUUCAAGGCAAAGCGCCUGGCAAUUCGCUACAGAAACCAAACCUUUAUUGACCUGACGGAGAAGGUCUUUAACACCAACUCGCCCGUGGACACUAAAGGCUCCAUCUGCACCAAGGAGAAAGCUACGCUUUCAUUAAAGUUUGGUGAUGUGGAGGACUUGCGAGGUCUAGUAAUCAGGCUUCAAAUGUCAAACACUUUCUACGAAGCAGCCGGUCAAAAUUGGUUCACACUAGACAGUGUGCACAUCCACUACAACUGGACCCAGGAGGCCACGUUUAACGCCAGCGAGGUCUACGCUCCGGCCACUUCGUCCUACCAUUGCCAGCACGUCAGCAGCCUGCACAAAUACGACACCCUGCUGGUGCCCAGCUCCCACACGGACACUUCCGCUAGCUGGCACAUCACUUUCACUGACUUCCAGAUCCAGGCAUUCAACGUACAGUCAGACAAGUUUGCGUCGGCCAGUGACUGCGCCACCUUUCUGACGCCCGCCAUCCUGAUGGGCUUGGUGACAUCUCUGAUCCUGCUCCUGGUCUUAGCCUACGCCCUGCAUAUGGUGGUGCACCUCAAGCACAUCGACCGCUACGAGGAGCACAAAGCAACCGUCUACUUUCCCCGUAGUCCGGAGGCCGAGUUGCCAGACAAGAACAGCCUGUGAAGGAAACUGGAGAGCCGGAGAACGACGGGAGAGGGGGAGAGGGAAAGCUGAGAAGCGAGGCAGAGGGGAGCGCAAGUGAAUACAAGAGUGAAUAAGUAUCCUCCACAGAAUAUUUGUUCAACAAAAUGACAACUUUACCUGUUCAUAUGAAAACCGUGUACAUUUUAACUACUUUAAGUAAAUGCAGACCGUGGUUGGAUACUUUUUCUUCUCUUCUCUUUGACCUGCAUCAUGGCAUCCAGAUUUUGAAUGAAGCCUUUGGAUGUUCCGGCAUCUCCCUGAGAGAUGGUUCAUGAUUCUGAUGUCAAAGGUCAAGGACGGUCCCGGGGCCCCGAGGGGCAAGGGCAUAUACAGGACUUUACCCCAGUCAGCCAUUGAAACCACCAAAGGCUAGUAACUGUAGCUAAUACAGCUAACAUCAGAUGCUCAUUGUACGUAUGUAUUACAUGGCUUACAAAUGUCAUAUUACAAGCUUCCAUCACACACAUUGUCUUUCCAGCUUUCAUUACAGUGUAAUUUGUCUGAUACCGCUGCAAGAAUUAUAUACUUCAAACAGUCAGUUUUAUAGUUGAAAUAGCCGUAUUAGCUGCAUGCCAUACAAGGCUGGUCCAUCUGGGCUAGUACAGUGUUUCCUAAUAAUAAGGAUUACACGGGGAGUCUUGCAUGGGUUGCAGCUUAAAAUGAUCAAAUAUGGCACAAAGUAAAUGAGCUUGAAAAGCUUUUGAGUGAAAGCGAAGAGAAAUAUUAGGAACCACUAGUCUAGCAUCUGGCUGGAAGGAAAUGGACCAGUGACACGGGCCCUUAGGAGCCUCUGGAGUCUCUCACCCCAUCCCUGGACAAAGACUGCUGCUCGGGGCUUAACUGUGAAAUUGCUUUUUACAGACCGCGGGCCAGAUAAACAGGGGGGGGGGGUAUCCUACAAACUAGCACAACAUUGGUUAGCUGCAAAGGCGCUAACAAAAAAAGACUAUCAAAGACUACACAAGGAACUAUGCUGCACAAGACUGCCCAUCUGAGGGCGGGGCAGGAGAGCGGGUGUUGCGAUGACGUAACUUUCUGAGAGUCAAGCGUUUGGGAGGCCCUGGGCCCUCCGUCCUCACCACUGGGUCGGACUGCCAAAGUGAAGCCGCAAAAAGGAGUUGCCAUGAAUUAUAGACGGAAGGGAGACUGUGUAAUGAACCGUUACAGCUAUGUACAAAACGAGAACACAUACAUGUACAGAAGUGUCACUCUGCAGAGGUCUUUUUUUAUAUACAAUGUAAUCAUGAAAUACUAGUAGGUACAGGAUGACAAUGCUAAUCCUCAUAAGCAAAAGGAUAUACAAGGCUGUAGAUACAUUAAUAUCUCUAUACGAUCAUAGCUGUUAACUAUCUUCAAAUAUUGCACAACUAAUAAAAAUAGGUACCAGUAAGACAUUGUGCAAAGACGAUUGGUGAAAAUAUCAAUGGGUAUGAUUUUUUUUACAAAGUAUAAACAUAUUAUACUGUCUCGCCGUUUCCUCCAACUGUAAAUGACGAUGAAGGGCGAUACUAUGGAAUGCCGUCCACCCACCGGGACUUAUAGAUGCCAUAUUAUGCCAGAAGUCACACUAGCAGCAGAAACAGCAUCAGUGAGUCAUUACUACAGAUAAAAAAAACAUUCCGCAUGACAGUAAAUAGACAUCUUAACAUUCGAUAUGGCAAUUCUGUCAAUCUGUAGCAGUGUGAAAUAUGUUCUUUGGUCAUAAAUGUAUCCUACGAAAUGAGCGGAGGCGGUUUGUCCAAACACCAACUGAUGUAGAUUGAACAAUAAAGGGUAAUCAGAGGAAAUGUG